UCGUUUCUUUUCUCCAACAGACGAUGACCUGGAGCUGCUGCUGGAUGAAGUGGUGCGCGCGAGCAACCGCGGCGUGUCAGCUUCGAGGAACAUCACUGGAGGACCUAACUGGAGUUUUGGACAGUCGCUGUUCUUCUCAUCCACUGUUGUUACUACCAUCGGCUACGGCCACGUGACUCCCCUCUCGAAGCCUGGCAAGCUGUUCUGUAUGAUGUACGCGCUGCUCGGUAUACCGCUGACGUUGGUGCUGCUCUCAGCCCUAGUGGAGCGCCUGCUUCUACCAGCAACUGCCUUACUACGCUCUCUCAAUGCUGCGCUCGGACAUCUGUACCGACCCUUCACUAUACGUCUAGUGCAUCUUAUGAUUAUUGUGACAACUCUCGUGCUAUUCUUCCUGGUGGUACCAGCGUGUGUGUUCGCCUACGUCGAACCUGACUGGGACUUCCUGGACUCGUUCUACUACUGCUUCAUAUCCCUCACCACCAUCGGACUGGGCGACUACAUCCCUGGCGAUUCCCCCGGACAACCCUACCGACCUCUCUACAAAGUUGCUACCACUUUCUACCUUCUCAUCGGCCUGACAUUCCUGAUGCUGACACUGACGGUGUUCUACGACAUUCCGCAACUGAACCUAAGCACGGUGUUCUCAUCUGUGAAGAUGGACGAUGACCCGGAGAAGAUGAGGCUUAGCGGCUCUGGAGUAAUGGGACCUGGGUAUGGGAUUGGUGGGCUGGUGAUGCGGGAUGACUAUAAUCACCACGACCAGCGCCGCUCCGUCGUCCACAUCCGACCACACCUGGACGACAGCCCCAGUCCCGAGGACACCACGCCCGUGCAUGCCCGCGAUAUACGAGUACACUAAACAAAACUGCUUCCCCACAAAAUCUCGGUCGUCAUCUCGUUGGCUAGUUGGUGCUAUUGGAUGGAACAAUGUGGAACGAACAUUAUUCAAUCUCACCCUCCCCUAAAUCUUCUUUUUAUUUUUUCAAAUAAAAACGAAUUCGAACGUUGACACUCGUUCUACAUUGUCGCUGGUCCGAAAAAUAGCAGCCAGCGUUACUAUUCGACGUUUGCUCAUGUCAAAAUUCCUUGAAGAUGGAAUGAAAAUUUAAAAAAUAUGAUGAACAGGCGCGGUAGUAGUUAAGUAGUUAUCUUUACUGUAAUUAAGUUAAUUAUAAGUUCGUUGUUUAAUGUUUAUUGUUAAGUUAAUUGUCAGAAAUUUAAAUUGGUGUAACUAUUACCUAUAACCUAUCUUAUUUCGAUCCCUGCGUCGACUACCGUCCUAAAAUGCGUGUUUAUUUUAUUUUAGUCUUUAAAAAGAGAAUGUUACAUAAUGUCUGCUGGUAAAAGCUGCGAUAAUAAGACUGAGAGGUUUUUCAAAUUUUCAAACUUUUCUAAUUCAUUUUUAAGAGUUUUGUACUUACAAAAUUGCGAACAUACCUUGCGAACUGUAACGAAAAAAACGAUGACGUAAACAAUGUAGUAU